AUGAGCGCGGCUACUCAAACCGCGCCAGGCGCUCGGGUCGUAAAUGAGGAAGCAAGAUGGAAGUAUCUCGAUCAUAUUCGACGGACUCCCGGUCCAUUUACCGACCCAGACGCAACAUCAGAAGAAUUCCUAGCCCAAUUUGAGAAGAUGAAAGUCCUCGUCAUCGGCGCAGGAGGCUUAGGCUGCGAAAUCCUCAAAAACCUCGCCAUGUCAAAGUUCAAAACAAUCCACGUAAUCGACAUGGACACAAUCGACAUCUCCAACCUGAACCGGCAAUUCCUCUUCCGCAGCUCAGACGUAGGCAAGUACAAAGCCGAAGUAGCCGCGCGGUUUGUGGAAAACCGCGUAAAAGGCGUCAGCAUCACACCGCACAACAAGAAGAUCCAAGACUUCGACGAGACCUUCUACAAGCAAUUCCAGCUCGUCAUCUGCGGGCUCGACUCCGUCGAGGCGCGGCGCUGGAUCAACGCCAUGCUCGUGUCUAUCGCUGAAGAAGGCGAAGACGACCCGGACAGCAUCAAGCCGCUCAUCGACGGCGGCACAGAAGGCUUCAAGGGCCAGUCGCGCGUCAUCUUCCCGUCCAUCACGUCCUGCAUCGAGUGCCAGCUGGACAUGCAUGCGCCCCGGGCCGCCGUACCGCUCUGCACAAUCGCCUCUAUCCCGCGGCAGCCAGAGCACUGCAUCGAGUGGGCGCACAUUAUUGCGUGGGAGGAGGAGAAGCCGUUUCCGAGCCUGGACAAGGAUGACCCCGAGCACGUCACAUGGCUGUAUGAGAAGGCGCUUGCUCGAGCGCAGGAAUUUGGUAUCCAGGGUGUAACUUACUCCUUAACCCAGGGUACCAUCAAGAACAUCAUCCCGGCGAUAGCGUCGACAAACGCCAUCAUAGCAGCGUCGUGCUGCAACGAAGCGUUCAAGAUUGCAACUAAUUCUGCACCCUGUCUUGGCUUCGAGAACAAUUACAUGAUGUACUCUGGCAAUGACAGCAUCUACACGUACACCUUUAAGCACGAGAGGAGGGAUGACUGCCCGGUGUGCGGGAGAAAGGCUCGCCCGUUGGAGGUCGAUCCCAAGAGCACGCUGCAGGAGCUAUUGGACUCCUUUGCUGUCCGGCCGGAAGCGCAGCUGAAGAAGCCGUCUAUACGGGCGGAGGGGAGGACGUUGUAUAUGCAGUUCCCGCCGGGGUUGGAGGAGCAGACGAGACCUAAUCUGGGCAAGACUAUUACAGAGUUGGGAUUAAUAGAUGGGCAGCAGGUCGUUGUUACUGAUCCGGCAUUUCCGCUAGAGUUUAACUAUUUCUUCAGGUUUAAGAAGACCUACUAG